AUGAGUACUCUAAAAUACUUGUCAGCUUUGACUAUUGUUACUUUCUGCACUUUGGCAGUUGUCGAAGCAGCCACUACUAGUUCGUCUGCUGCCAAGCCAUCUUCAAGUUAUUUAUGUAAUUCACCUGUGUUCACUACCUGCUAUAAUUCACAAAAGACUAUUUUAGAUACUUGCAGUCCUGCAGAUUACACUUGUAAUUGUGAUAAUCUUAAAGCUAUUAUCAAUUGCUAUCCCCAUUGCCCUGAUGAUACUAGUUUCCAAGACCAGCUUUCAGCAUAUGUGGCACGAAAGGAUGAAGCUUGUGCUAAAGCACCAGUAAUCAGUCAAACUUGGACUGGAUCCAGUACAGCUUCAGCUACCCCAGCCAAAACUAACACGGAUUCCAAUACUGGGAUCACUGAAGCCGCUAGCGGUACUCCCAUAAAAAGUAAUGCAUUCUCUACUACCUUCAACAACGAUCAAUAUCUAUUCGCCGAGAAAUUGCUUUUAGCAAUUACCGCUAUUGCUUUCUGUCUCGCUUUUUAA